AUGCCUGUUUCGGGAGGAGGCAUGGGCUAUACAGGUGCUUCUGGCAUGUACGUGCCCCGAAAGGCCUUGGACGCUGGAACAGCGGAGGGAGCUGCUAUGGAGUACUACAAAAGCUACGAUGCAAGCUGGCAUCAACCUUGGAAGUACUUCGACAAUGUGACCGUUCUCAAUACCAGCGCGGAGUUUAUGCCAUGCGCCGCCACUACAAUGGCGGACAACAGAACCGCCUACAACUACUGGAGAAUCAGUGGUGAUGAUGCAGGGGUGGUCAUUACAGGGAACACGUAUUCGGCCUAUUGUCCAGACGGCUACACUUGGGUGGCUCCUUCUUGCAGGCGCACUCCUUGGCCUUUUCGUUUGGACGGUGUGGACACGUGGACAGUGGACACACCUGGCUUUAACGAAAGCGCCGGAAAGGCCGGUUUUGCUUGGAAGGUGCUGCUUGCGCAGUUUUGACCCGCAGUGAAGCUCUGUAAUAGUAUGUAAACUUUUUGGCGGCUUUGCUUGCGGCCGCCGUUGCUAUUGACAGUGCUCGGGGCAUCAUGUUAUUAUGUGGGCAUUGGGCGAUGGAGACCAGAUUUUGAUUCUCUCUAUUCUGCUGGUGAUUUGUUG